AGUUGAGACCCAUAAAUCUUGCACAAAGAAUUGGUCUUCCCAACCAAAUCGAUCAAACCCCUGUAGAGUUCUAUCCCACUUCACGACUCUUCUUUUUUUAAUUAUAUUAAGUGUUUGAUGACGAUGAUGAUAUUCUCGUCUUAUUAAGACAAUACUACACACUAAAAACAAGAAUGGGCUUUACAGCAGUAAUUGUUCUCAAGCCUUUCUUCUUGUCUUCUCCGGCGCUGUUUCUUCUCCUUCUUAUUCUCUUUGCACCUUCCAGAGGCGGCGCACGGCGGCUGAGGUCCGUCGACCCGCCGCCGGUUCCGGCGAUACUCGUCUUCGGCGACUCGACGGCCGAUUCCGGUAAUAAUAAUUACAUCGGCACUGCCUUCAAAGGCAAUUUCUCCCCUUAUGGAAAGGACUUCGUCAAUCAGACUGCCACAGGAAGAUUCUCCAAUGGACGCCUUGCUAAUGAUUAUAUUGCUAAAUACAUUGGCAUAAAAGAUUAUGUUCCUCCAUAUUUGGAUCCGACGCUGAGCACUGAAGAACUCAUGACUGGUGUCAGCUUUGCUUCUGCCGGAUCCGGGUUCGACCCGCUUACGUCAUCCAUUGGAAGCGUGAUUCCAGUGGCGAAGCAGGUGGAGUAUUUGAAGGAGUACAGAGGGAAACUGGAGGCAGCCAUUGGUAAGGACAAGACAAUGGAGGUAAUGGAAAAUGCACUGUUCCUUGUAAGUGCAGGCACCAAUGAUUUCGUGGCGAAUUAUUUCAUGUUUCCGUUGAGACGAGUGGGCUACACUGUCCCGGCUUACAUGGACUUCGUGUUGAGCAACACUCGCCAGUUCUUGCAGGGAUUAAUCGGCGAAGGAGCUCGUAGAAUCGCCGUCGCCGGGCUGCCGCCGAUUGGCUGCUUGCCCGUCGUGAUAACGCUCUUCUCCGACCACCCGAUCGGAAACCGCGACUGCCUCAACAACCUCUCCUCCGUCGCCGUAGAGUACAACCAGAAGCUCCAAAACGAACUCAGAUCAUUGCAGCAAGAACUCCAUGGCAGUACUCGGAUUGCUUACUUGGACUCCUACAGUCCUUUGCAGGACAUGACCUCCGGCAACAGAAAUGAGUUCGAGGAAUUGAGAAUCGGAUGCUGCGGGACGGGUCUGCUGGAGAUGGGGUUUUUGUGCAAUCCGAAGUCUCCGGUGUGCGCCGACGCCGGAAAAUACGUUUUCUGGGAUUCCAUUCAUCCUACCGAGAAGUCGUAUGAUCUUAUGGUCCAGGCGUUCCGGCCUGUCAUUGAUGGCUUGAUUAGAGAGUAAUUAGUCGGCGGGAUUCAUUUGAUGUGUUAAUUAGUAUUAUAUUGUUGGGAAUUCGUAUCAUGUAUACGAAUUGUAAGCCGCCAUUGAUGAGCUAGAAACUACUCUGUACGCAAGCAAUGAUGCUUGUUUUUAUAUACGAGGAAGAAGAUUAAAAAAAUU